AUGAAUAUCAAUUUCAGAACACAACCAGAUCCUCUGAUGAGCCCAAGAGGAUCUACAAAGCCCGGGCCCAAUGAGCGGAACAUGAGCCUCAAACACAACAACUUUCUUCCCCGAACAGUGGGUCAUGCUAAAGGAUUAAAGGAUAUACCUGGCUGUGCUGAGAGUGAGUCAGGCUAUAUUUCAGGACACUUCAUCAUGCCAGGGAUAGAACAGGGUCAGAAUCAGAUGCGUACUAGAACAUCUGUUGGCUAUACCUUUCCUGGUUCCAGCGCACUACAUCUGCAGUCUCUCACAAGCAAAAAAACCAGUCUGGCACAGGCAAUUCCAUAUGAUAUGAAAGAAGACAUUGCGCUGCUCACAAACAAAACAUGGAACGCUCCCUUUUUGAAGGGAAAGAGUGAUCUUCUGAGAAAAUAUAUUCCAGAACAGUCACAGGAUGUGCCUGUACCUGAAGUCCGUGCCAUUUCACCCGCCCUGGCCCUCCGUUACAGACCAGAAACCAUGGAGAAAAUGAAUUAUUCCUCAACCUACCUGGAUCAUGAAAUAAAAAUCCUGGAAAAGCUUCGUGAUAUUUUACAGACAGACUCAGUUAAAGAAAUCAAAGACUGGUUGUCAAAGGCAAGUCUGAAAGAGAAAGAGCUUGUAUCAAAUUUCAUCCGCUCAGACAUCACCACCCGAGAUCUACUGAAUUAUCAACAGAAAUAUGUGCAGAGUGGAAGUGAAGCAGCGCAUCUAAACUUUCAGGCUAUGCUGAAAGGUCCGAAAGCCAUCGGAUCAAUAGAAGAGGAAAAACUAUUGAGACUGCUGCCCUUGAGGGCCAUUCGUGGCCAGAUGCAAACAGAGUCAGUUCUCACUGUCUCAGGUGCCACUUGGCGUGGGCCUUUCAGGGGCAAUGCUAAUCAGUGUCAGUUCAUCAAGGGCCUCAUAGACUACUGCCUGUUGGAAGGAGAAAAUAGGGAAAGCGAUCAUUUGCUCACCGGAAGAGAGAAAAUCGGAAUCCCAACUUCUGACCCACUGCCCUUAGAGCUUUCCCCCAGCAGAUCCAAAAUUGAGGAAAGGACGCAAACUUCUCCAUCAAUCCCACAAAGCAGCAUCCACCUGCUGUACAACAGGUGUCGUGUUAAGCGGCCACAACGUAUCCCACAAGAAAAUAUUCUUCCUAAGAAGCUGUGA